AUUAGUCAGCACUCCUGUGAUGCUAGUCUUUUCAAGCAACUGUGAAACUGCAUAAGGGACUGGGGGAAAAAACAGCUAGAGGAAUGAGUUAAAUGAGCAGAAGAUCAAGGAAUUGGAAUAUCUCUAUGGCUUUGCAUGGUGCAUCUGUCCAGAGAGCGUGUGCCUGAGUGAAAGGCAGAAAGGAGAAAUGACUGAGCAGGAGGCCGAGUCCCUUCCCCUGAGCCAGGAGUCAUUUCAGGAGUUAUGGAAGAUGAUGUGUCCUCCAGCCACCAUCCACGAACCUUUGAGUGUGAAUGAUGGUUGGCACCUGGAGAGUCUUUUGUCGGAGACUCCUCUACAGGAGAGCAUUGAUGCUGGGGUUUUUGACUUGCCCACAACCCUGCCGCCACAGCCAUCUGUAUCUGCUUUUAAUGGCGAUGCUGCCCUCAGCUCAACUGUGCCAUCCACAACUGACUACCCGGGAGUGCUGGGUUUCCAGCUACGCUUUCUGAAGUCUGGCACUGCCAAGUCUGUCACAUGCACGUUUUCCCCAGAUCUAAACAAGCUGUUCUGCCAGCUGGAUAAAACCUGCCCAGUUCAGAUACAGGUGGAUCGCCCCCCUCCGCCGGCCGCAGUGAUCCGAGCGACCUCUGUGUUUAAGAAGGCUGAACAUGUGGCCUCUCUGGUGCACCGGUGCCCACACCAUGAGAAGGCCUCUGAGCACAGCGAAGGUACAGCCCCCCCAAAUCACCUGAUCCAGGUGGAGGGCUGCCAACGGGCCCACUACAUGGAGGACGCCAACACCAAGAGGCACAGUGUUGUAGUUCCAUAUGAGGCCCCCCAGUGUGGCUCGGAGUGCACCACGGUGCUGUACAAAUACAUGUGCAACUCUAGCUGCAUGGGUGGAAUGAACCGCCGGCCGAUUCUAACCAUUAUCACACUGGAGACGGAAGGGGGAGAGCUCCUGGGCCGCCGCUGCUUUGAGGUGCGCGUGUGCGCCUGCCCUGGGCGAGACCGCAAGAACGAGGAGGACAACUUCUUCAAUCGGCAGGAAAAGAGCAGCGGGACCAAACGCAGCUUCAAGGAGGUAUCUCCGACUGCCCCCCAAACAGAGGCGAACAAGAAAAGCAAAUCAAGCUCCAGCUCUGAGGAGGAGAUUUUCACACUGCAGAUCCGUGGGAGGGAGCGCUACGACCAUCUUAAGAAGAUAAAUGACAGCUUUGAACUGCUGGAUUUGAUUCCACCUGCAGAGCUGGACAAAUACCGGCAAGAACUAAACGCCCAGAAUGUGAGCAAGGAGGAGCGUGAAGAUGUUCAACCAAGAAAAGGGAAGAAGCUGCUGAAGAAGGGGGAGAAAAGUGACUCUGAUUGAGAGCACCCCCCACCCCUGUUGGUACUUUUCACUGCCUUUUUAUAGUUCUGCUUUAUUGCAGGAAACCAAGCUGCUAUACUUUCACUACCAAGUUGCCUGACAUAAGCUGCAGCUGCUUUGUAUGUUUGAGUUUCAUUAGGCUGCAAUGCUGUAGAAUACAUUUAGUUAUCCCAGUUACAUUAUGCUUUUGCUUCUAUAGUAGUGUUCUUUGCUGUAUAUGUUUCUCUGGUACCAGUUUUACAAUAUUUGCAGAACCAGUGUAUUGGAAUAACUUUUCAGGAAUUUUCGUGUUUUUUUUAUACAUGUACAAUACAUUUUCUAUCUUGCAUGUUUAUACCUUUUAUAAUUACCUUAGCAUAUGCUUAUACACACACGCACACACUCAAUUGAAUAAUUCGGCCACUAAUUUGAGUUAUGCUUUAGGUAAAAUAAACAAAUAAAUAUAUUGUAGAAACAAAUAAAGAUUCUUUGUAGACCAGAGAAGACUGGGUUUUUAUUUCCUUUGUAUACUUUUCAGUUAUGGUUUCAUUUCAUUUAGACUAUUUACUAGUGACGUUAAUGAAUCCUUUCUUCCGUGAUUAAAGCUCGGAAAUGGUUUAUUCCAGUUUUAUAAUUUUUUGCUCCUCUGUUAUUGUAUGGUACCCUGCCGUUUUACUAUGUCUGCAUCUAACAGCCUUUGUCAGGAAAGGAAAACUGUAUAGCUUACAGUAGUGAAGACUAAGAUUCCUUACACUUUCAUUAUGUGAUCUGUGGGGCUUAAGUAAGAUGUGCAGUUUGUAUGUAAAUAUUCAUAUGAAAUGCUUUUUGGGGUGAAGGCAUUUCAUGUCCAAAGGCAU